GAAAACAACAAAAGCACUUCACAACAUCGAACAACACAAGUUGAUCAAAAAAAAAAAAACAUCGAACAACACAAAAACAAAAGCAAAAGUACCCCAAUACACCGUACUAUGAAUUAUGAAUAGAAUAUGAUGAUUAACAAGAGUUGUGAAGAAGCAUUGGUUUCAUUGUUGAGCAAAUGCACCACAAAUCUCAGAACCACCAAACAAAUUCACUCUCAUCUCUACAUUACAGGCCUUCACACUCACCCUUUCUUCUUCGGCAAACUCCUUCUCCACUGUGCCAUCUCCAUCUCCGAACAUGCUCUCAACUACACUCUCCGUCUCUUCCAUCAUUUCCCCAACCCCGACACCUUCAUGUACAACACCCUCAUUCGUUCACUCUCUCACUCUUCCACCCCUCACACUUCCCUUCAACCCUUUAUUCAAUUACUUCGCCACACCACUCUUAAUCCCGACAGCUUCUCAUUCGCAUUUGUACUCAAAGGGAUUGCUAAUGACGCUCAUUCGAAGAGACCUGGUAUUCAGAUACAUUCUCAGGCUUUCCGUCAUGGGUUUGAUGAUCAUAUAUUUGUUGGAACGACUUUGAUUAGUAUGUAUGCUGAAUGUGGGUGUUAUCAAUCUGCAAGAAAGGUGUUUGAUGAAAUGUCUCAACCGAAUGUUGUUGCGUGGAAUGCUGUGAUAACUGCUUGUUUUAGGUGUGGGGAUGUGGAGGGUGCUUGGGGUUUGUUUCAAAGGAUGCCUAUUAGGAAUUUGACUUCUUGGAAUGUGAUGCUUGCUGGUUAUGUUAAAGCAGGUGAAUUUGGGUUGGCAAGAAAUUUUUUUUAUGAAAUUCCGAUGAGAGAUGAUGUUUCUUGGAGUACUAUGAUUGUUGGGUUUGCUCAAGGUGGUUCUUUUGAUGAUGCUUUUGGGUUUUUCAGGGAGUUGAUGCGGGAGGGAAUCAGGCCGAGUGAGGUUAGCCUCACCGGAGUGUUAUCUGCUUGUGCACAGGCUGGAGCGUUUGAGUUUGGUAAGAUUUUACAUGGGUUUAUGGAGAAAGCUGGGUUUCUUUGUAUUAUUUCGGUUAAUAAUGCUCUCAUUGAUACCUACUCUAAGUGCGGAAAUGUUGCUAUGGCUAAGAUGGUCUUUCAAAAUAUGCUGGCGGCAAGGUGCAUUGUAUCUUGGACAUCUAUGAUAGCAGCACUUGCAAUGCACGGUUGCGGAGAUGAGGCAAUCAGGGUUUUUCAUGAGAUGGAAGAGUCUGGAGUUAGACCAGACGGUGUCACGUUCAUAUCUCUCCUCUAUGCUUGCAGUCAUAGUGGUUUGGUUGAACAAGGGUGUGCUUUGUUUUCUAAGAUGAAGAAUUUCUAUGGAAUUGAACCCGCCAUUGAGCAUUAUGGUUGUAUGGUUGAUCUGUAUGGUCGAGCUGCUAUGUUGCAGAAAGCCUAUGAGUUUAUAUGUCAGAUGCCGAUUUCGCCUAAUGUAAUCAUUUGGAGGACCCUCCUUGGGGCUUGUAGCAUUCAUGGUAAUAUCGAAUUGGCAGAGCUUGUAAAAUCAAGGCUUGCUGAAAUGGAUCCAAACAACUCUGGUGACCAUGUACUGCUUUCAAAUGUUUAUGCGGUUGCGGGGAAAUGGAAGGAUGUUGCUGGCAUAAGAAGAACAAUGAUUGAACAGAGCAUGAAAAAAGCUCCUGGUUGGAGCAUGAUUGAAAUUGACAAGGUCAUUUAUGGUUUUGUGGCAGGUGAAAAGCCUAACGAGGUUACAGAAGAGGCCCAUCAGAAACUGAGAGAAAUAAUGUUGAGACUCAAAGCAGAAGAAGGUUAUGCGCCCCAGGUAAGGAGUGUCUUGCAUGAUAUCGAAGAGGAAGAAAAAGAAGAUUCAGUGUCCAAGCACAGUGAGAAGCUUGCUGCAGCUUUUGGAAUAGCGAAACUUCCUAAAGGAAGGAUUUUAAGAAUAGUGAAGAACCUGAGGGUUUGUGGGGACUGCCAUACUGUGAUGAAGCUGAUUUCUAAAGUCUAUCAAGUAGAAAUCACUGUGAGAGAUAGAAGUCGCUUUCACUCGUUCAAAGGUGGGGUUUGUUCCUGCAGAGAUUACUGGUGAUAGAAGUGAACGUUUAAUUGAAUUGAAAUGUAAGGAAAAAACUUCUGGUAUCAUUCCUUCAAAUUACAAGACACCUAUUGGAAGUUUUAAAUAAAAAAGAAGUGAAAAGGAUGACAGGCAAAGCCAUACAAGCUAAGGAAGAACAAUGCAUCAUUGAGGUAUUCAACAUGCAACUACUGUCACAAUCGUAAAAUGAAUUUCCAAAACUUGUCUUUGCCUAUAGAAAAUCAGACUGCACCCCCUCCCGAACAUUCAUGAAAAGGUGUUCAAAAUACCACAACUACGGUCGCAUCACUAUCUCUCCAACUUGCUCUCCAUCCACAACUACAGGUGAACCAUAUGCUAAUGGGUCGAGAGGUAGAGGAAUGUUCUGUAAAUGGGAGAGAAAGACCGGAUGCUGAUGCAUGUGGUGCAAAUACAUCAAUUGCAACAUCAACUGUAAAUAUCAAGGCAAACAACCUCCCAAGUAGCAUCUGCACAUGCUUCUGCAAGUGCCAGUCUGCUUCCAUCCAAGCCCAAGUAACUGCAGUCUGCUGCAACCACUACAUGAUUGCUCAUGGAAGGGGAUUAUGGGUUUAAUUCCUUUGAAAUGUGGAGUUGUGAGGCCUAAAUUAGGGAUGAUCAGAGCUUUCAUGUAUACCCUUGUGUUAUAACUUAUAAGGUCACAACUUCAGCACACAUUUGGAGAAUAGGAGACUUGAGCAUAUGCAGGAAACCCGAAGAGCCAAUCCAUGUCCCUAAAUCAAAACUGUCUUUUGCUUUUUUUUGGUGCUAGUGUAAGUAAGACUAAUAUCCAUUUUAGGUGUUUCAGUGUUGAUGUUAUUCACAGUAUAAUAGAUUAUUUUAUAACUGAAUAUGGUUGGUUAAUAUUUGGUUUAAUACUCCAAUUAUUUGCUGGUGUAUUGACUAAAUUUGGUUUAUGAUAACAGUUUAUUUAGAGUCUUUUAAUCAUAUCCAUCACUUAAUGCUACUACAUGUACAUGUACUCCCUUGAUAAUACCCAUUACUCAAUAUUAAUCCUUAUUAAUGCUGGUUUA